CAGUUCGUUAUACUGACUCAACAUGUUCAAUUACGCGACCUAUUUCGUGUGCGCCUUUAUUUCCUACGGUUUUUAUAUCGUUUUUGCUGAAAUCAAUAUUCUUCAGCGUCCCAUAAUUCCAUCGUACGAUCCACUUAAAGAACUUGAAGAAAUGUGUCUUGUCGACGUAUUACCAAUUCUUGAGAACAUUGUAAAGCAGCAAAAGAUGGGAAACACCGCCAACUCACAGAUUUUCAAUGAAACGCAGGGAGUUCUGGACAGGAUUGAAGGACACCAAGAAGUCAUUGAUAAGCAAUUGAAAGCGCGUCAGGUUGAAAUGGAAGGUUAUUUCAUGGAGCUGCAUGCUAAGUUGGAGCUAAAGGUCAAAAAAUUAUCUUUAGAAAAAGCCUUACAGAAUGCACUGAAAGCUCUUCAAUGUUCACUGGAUACCAGAAAUGUUUCGUCAAAGGGAUCACUCCAUCCACAAUUUGAGAAAGUGGGCUCGAGGUACUUUUACAUCGAGAUGCAUGUCAGACUGAAUUGGUUCGAUGCAGCGAGAAAAUGUCGCGAGAUGGGCGGUCACUUGGCGUCGCCACAAAACGAGAAUGAGCUGCACCUUAUCAGUCAAAAACUUAAGACCGAGUGGUCGUAUUGGCUCGACGUAUCUGAUCUAACCGAUCAAGGCCAAUACAUAUCGUUGGUCUCCGGGCGCAAAGUACCAUUUUUGAAAUGGAACAAAGGCCAGCCAAAAAAAGAUAACGCGCAAUGCGUUUGUAUAAUAGGCGGACUAUAUCAGACAAAUCAAUGUGAAGACCAAGUUUUGUUCAUUUGCCAAGUUUACCAGAAUCCUGAGAAUGACAGGAAAAAGAAAGAGGAAAGAAAAAAAGAAGACGAAAUAAGAAGGGAAGACGGGAAAAAAAAGGAAGAGGAAAAAAUAAAAGAAGAAGAGACGAAAAGAGAAGAAGAGCAGAGAAGAAAAGAAGAAGAAAGAAGAAAAGAAGAAGAAAGAAGAAAAGAAGAAGAAAGGAUAAAAGACGAAGAGAGAAGAAUGGAAGAGGAAAGGAGAAAAGAAGAGGAAAGAAGAAUGGAAGAGGAGAUAAGAAAAGAAGAGGAAAGGAGAAAAGAAGAGGAAAGGAGAAAAGAAGAGGAAAAAAGAAAGGAAGAGGAAAGAAGAAAGGAAGAGGAAAGGAAAAGGGAAGAAGAAAGGAAAAAGGAGGAGGAACGAAGAAAGGAAGAGGAGGAGAAAAAAAGGGAAGAAGAAAGAAGAACAGAAGAGGAAAGGAGAAAAGAAGAGGAGAGAAGAAUGGAAGAGGAAAGGAAAAGGGAAGAAGAAAGGAAAAAGGAGGAGGAACGAAGAAAGGAAGAAGAGGAGAAAAAAAGGGAAGAAGAAAGAAGAAAAGAAGAGGAAAGGAGAAAAGAAGAGGAAAGGAGAAAAGAAGAGGAGAGAAGAAUGGAAGAGGAAAGAAGAAUGGAAGAGGAAAGAAGAAAGGAAAAGGAAAGGAAAAUGGAAGAAGAAAGGAAAAAGGAGGAGGAACGAAGAAAGGAAGAGGAGGAGAAAAAAAGGGAAGAAGAAAGAAGAAAAGAAGAGGAAAGGAGAAAAGAAGAGGAGAGAAGAAUGGAAGAGGAAAGAAGAAAGGAAGAGGAUAGGAAAAGGGAAGAAGAAAAGAAAAAGGAGGAGGAACGAAGAAAGGAAGAGGAGGAGAAAAACAGAAAAGAGGAGCAGAGAAGAAAAGAAGAGGAGAGAAGAAAAGAAGAGGAAAGGAGAAAAGAAGAGAAAAGGAGAAAAGAAGAGGAAAGGAGAAAAGAAGAGGCAAGAAGAAAAGAAGAGGAAAGGAGAAAAGAAGAGGAAAAAAGAAAGGAAGAGGAAAAAAGAAAGGAAGAGGAAAGAAAAAGGGAAGAAGAAAGGAAAAAGGAGGAGGAACGAAGAAAGGAAGAAGAAAGAAGAAAAGAAGAGGAAAGGAGAAAAGAAGAGGAAAGGAGAAAAGAGGCAAGAAGAAAAGAAGAGGAAAGCAGAAAAGAAGAGGAAAAAAGAAAGGAAGAGGAAAGAAGAAAGGAAGAGGAAAGAAAAAAGGAAGAAGAAAGGAAAAAGGAGGAGGAACGAAGAAAGGAAGAGGAGGAGAAAAACAGAAAAGAGGAGCAGAGAAGAAAAGAAGAGGAGAGAAGAAAAGAAGAGGAAAGGAGAAGAGAAGAGGAAAGAAGAAUGGAAGAGGAAAGAAGAAAAGAAGAGGAGCGAAGAAUGGAAGAGGAAAGAAGAAAAGAAGAGGAAAGGAUAAAAGAAGAGGAAAAAGGAAAGGAAGCGGAAAGAAGAAAGGAACAGUUAAGGAAAAUGGAGGAAGAGGAAAAUAAAAAAACGGAAAAGUGUUGGGUUACGAAACAAGGUACGAAGAAGUGUAAAAUAUGUUUGACAACCAAGAAGGGUAAAAGAAAGUGUAACAUAUGUUCGAUACAUGAAAACGGGGAAAGAAAAUGUAAAACUUCAAAGAAAAAGAAGAAAGAGAGUUAUGACGAUAAUAAUUCUUAUAAUUAUAAUAGUUAUGGCAAACAACUUAAAUGGAGUAUAGGCUGGUGGUAUUUGUAUUGGUGGUAUGAAUAAGGGCAACCUUCAUCAAGUUUAUUCUGACUGAUAUAUAAAAGGCCAGAAUAAAACAUGAAAUUUUAAGGGCUUACGAAUAAUAACAUAAGUAUACAAUCGAUAUAACAAAUUUUCCAAUUACAAAUUA